AUGGUUCAAGAGCUGCAGCGAGCGUGUAAAGAGGUUGCGGAACUAGAGCAGAAGAGCUGUGACCUGUCGGAAUUGAUGGAAAAGAUUAUGGUGAAGUAGUGCCUUGGUUGCUAAGCUUACUGAUAUUUAAGAAUGUCGUUGAGCUGGAACCGGUAGGUUAGUUUCAUAAUAUGAUCUCUAUGUCUCAUCUCUAUGAUUUGGAUUCUCCUUAUUCCAUCUUGGUCAAAAAAUAGCACCCUCGUCAACACCUAUAAUUGGUCUCCUUUCAUACCCCAACUCGCCGAAGCGGUAGAAGACAACGAGAAGCAACUCGAGCGCAUGGAGGGCAGAUACGUUGACAAACUCGCGGGCAUGGCGAAGGCGUGGGAACGGCGGUUUGCUAGAGAAAAGGAGGAUCGAAAAGCCGAAGUUGCAAGAG